GUGUGCAUUUCUGAAUGCAAUAACACUGCAUCCUAGAGUCCCGUUAUCCUCUCUCUCUCUCUCUCUCUCUCUACGAUGCUCUUAUCAGUUCGAGAUCCUCUCGGCCUCUCUUCAACCCUCUCUCGGAAUCCCGUCACCUCCAAGGGAUACGGUCACCGGCUGUGCCGAGCUUUGCUGUCGGUCGAGGGAAAUCCCAAAAGAGGAAGGCACAGUCAACACGUUGAUGGAUCUGCUUUUGAUCCAUUGGGUUUUAACUCAGAGACGUCUUCAGGUCUUACUGGUGCUUGGGAUAGUGUUGUAGGAUUCUUUUCUGAUACAUUUCAAAGUACAUCGAGCACGAGAAAGGAGAAGCCUUCAACCCGAGGGCUCGCAGCUUCAAUCGAAGAUAGCUCCAUUGAAUUUGGCGAUUUUUUUAAAGGUCCGCUUCCAGGAAAAUUCCUGAAACUCUUAGGUUACUUAGCAUUAUCCAGGCUUGGGAUAUACAUUCCUUUAGGAGGUGUAAACCGAGAUGCUUUUGUUGGUAAUUUGGACUCAAACAGUCUGUUGAGUACUUUAGAUUCAUUUUCUGGUGGUGGCAUUGGUAGGCUUGGAAUCUGCUCGCUGGGAAUUGUCCCUUUUAUAAAUGCAUCUAUUGUGUUCCAGCUACUUACUCAGCUUUAUCCCAAGCUGCAAGAUCUUCAGAAGAGAGAGGGGGAAGCGGGAAGGAAGAAGAUUCUUCAAUAUACACGCUAUGCUUCAGUAGGUUUUGCUAUAGUGCAGGCUAUCGGGCAAGUGCUUUUCCUCCGACCAUAUGUCACUGAUUUCAGUACAGAAUGGGCACUGUCAUCAGUCACAUUAUUAACUCUCGGUUCGGUAUUCACUACUUAUAUCGGGGAAAGAAUAUCUGACCUGAAACUCGGAAACGGGACAUCGCUAUUGAUAUUCACGAGCAUUCUAUCAUACUUGCCUGCAUCAUUUGGAAGAACAGUUGCAGAAGCUUUUCAAGAAGGGAACUAUGUCGGACUUGCUACCAUCGUCUUGUCAUUUUUUCUACUGGUUCUUGGCAUUGUAUAUGUCCAGGAAGCCGAGAGAAAAAUACCACUUAACUAUGCAUCAAGAUACAGUAGUAGAAGCGGGGGGCUUGGAAAAUCUGCAUACCUUCCUUUCAAGGUGAACAGUUCUGGGGUGAUGCCCAUUAUAUUUUCGACAUCUUCACUAGCUUUGCCUGGUACUCUGGCACGCUUCACUGGCUUAGCUGCUCUAAAAAAUGCUGCAGUUGCAUUGAACCCUGGAGGUGCUUUGUACCUCCCAACCAAUAUAAUGCUGAUCGCAUUCUUCAAUUACUAUUAUACUUUUCUACAAUUGGAUCCUGAUGAUGUAAGUGAACAGUUGAAGCGCCAAGGUGCUUCAAUUCCACUUGUUCGCCCUGGGAAGAGCACUGCAGCUUUUAUUAAAACUGUCCUUAGUAGGAUAUCGGUUCUUGGUUCAGCCUUCUUGGCCGUACUGGCGGCAGGUCCAGCGGUGGUCGAACAAGUUACACACCUCACUGCGUUCCGUGGAUUCGCCGGAACCUCUGUUCUCAUCCUUGUCGGGUGCGCCACCGACACGGCAAGAAAAGUUCAAGCUGAGAUCAUUUCCCAAAAAUACAAGAACAUUGAGUUCUACGAUAUUAACAAGUAGGACUCCUGAAGGCAAAAUUUGGACUCUUUGGCUUUACUCAAAAUAUUUGUUAUCGAUAACUUUUUUUUUUGUAUUCUAUAUUGGUGAUAUUGUACAUAACAUUUGUAAAAAGCUGCAAAAUUUAGCUUGUCUGGACAAGAAACUUCUCCUGUUUUGCAGCUGCGUAUCCCUAAUGAAAAUGGCGCGUAUGGUACUUUGUG